GGCCCAUUUUCUGUCCUCACCAGUUGCCAACGAAAUGGCUGACUCAGGGCAGUGGUCGGCCUCCCAGCCGAAAAGCCCUCCAGACCUCCUGUGUGGCAUGCCGGCCUUCACCGCCGCCGUCGGCCUCCACCCCCGACGGCCAAGACACAAGUGCUGCCAAUGCCUGAAUCCGAUUAUAUUCGUCAUUGGUUUCGUGAGUUUGUCCCUAGCACACAAGGAGGCACCUGUUCCAUUCCAGUGGUCUCCUCCCGGCCCUCUUCUGGCUCUGACGCCUGCCCUGCAGGAAUUCCCCCCACACUGUUGUUCUCUCUAGCAUCGCUUACGGAGAGACUUAAGGAAACUUAUUCAUAUUUCCAGAAUUCCAGGAUAAUGUCAGACUCUACGGCCAUGGACAAAAGCUGGAUGGACUUAUCUAAUAGGAGUCUUCCUGAAUAUCAGCAAGGAGUUGACCAAUUUAUUCAGUUUGCUUUCAAAGAUUACAAUGCAGACAAAUUCCUCCGAUGCCCAUACAGAAAGUGCAAAAACAAUCACUUCUUUGAUCAGAAUAAUAUAAAGGAACAUCUCUUUAUCCAUGGAGUGCAGAAAGACUACAAAUUAUGGGUCUAUCAUGGAUAAAACGUCCCAGAUUCAGAAGACAGUGGCAAUAUUGAUAUGGAUGAAAAUUAUGAUAACUAUGGUAUGGAUCAGAUGAUGAAUGAUUUUGGAGAACCUAUGGUUGUGAAUAUGGGAUCACUGGGUGGCUCAACACCUGGUUUGAAUGAUGACAUGGAUAACUCUACAGUAACUAACGAAGAAACUAACAAAUUCUACAGACUUCUAGAAGAUGCAGAGCAAGAGUUAUAUCCAGGGUGUGGUACCUUUUCGACACUAGCAUUUAUUGUACAAAUGUUAAAUAUCAAAUACCUCUAUGAUCUAGUGCAAAUGCAAUGGAGGCUCUAUUUUCCAUGUUAUGCAAGGCAUUUCCUAGUAGCAGUAAUGUGCCUAAGUCAUAUAGUGAUGCAAAGAAGACUAUGACAGAUCUUGGAUUGGAUUACACAAAGAUCGAUGCUUGUUUGAAUGAUUGCAUCCUAUAUAGAGGGGCUUAUGAUAAGGCUGAUUCUUGUCCUGUUUGUGGCAUUUCAAGAUGGAAAAAUGAAGGGCAUAAUAAUGUCUCUAAAUCAAGGAGGAGAAGAGUGAAGAAAGUCCCAUAGAAGGUAUUGCGAUACUUCCCAUUGGUACCGAGGUUAAAACGGAUGUACUUGUCUACAAAACUUGCAACACAUAUGCGAUGGCACAAGGAGAAGUUAGUAGAUGAUGGAUAUAAGAGACAUCCUGCUAAUUCAAAAGAAUGGAAGGACUUCGAUGGGAAAUUUUCUUCAUUUGCAUUGGACGCACGGAACAUCCGACUUGGUCUUGCUAGUGAUGGAUUUAACCCAUUUGGAAAUAUGAGUUCUUCAUAUAGCAUCUGGACUGUAGUUCUUGUUAUAUAUAACUUGCCACCUUGGAUGUGCAUGAAAGAUCCAUAUAUGGUGAUGUCUAUGAUAAUUCUUGGCCCAAAAGCACCUGGCAUUAGCACAAAAGGUAAAUAUGCAUGUCCUUCAUGCCACACUGAAACCUGCUACCACAGACUUGUUAAUGGGCACAAAUAUUGUUAUAUGGGACAUCGCCGCUUCUUGCCGAGGCGACAUGUCUGGAGGAACAAUGAUGCUUCUUUUGAUGGCCAAAAGGAAAAGCGAAGUGCUCCAAAACCAUUGUCAGAAGAUGAUAUUAUUUCUCAGUAUGAGAAAUUCGAACAGGUGAAGUUUGGGAAAUCAGGGAAGAAAAGGAAACACUCUAGUACAUUGUAUGGUACUUGAAGGAAAAAGAGUACUUUUUUUUUCCAACUCCCAUAUUGGAGCAAGCUGACUAUAAGGCUGUAACGGACUCAAAAUUUCAGGAAAAUAUUUUGCGAAAUAUUUUAAG